GAACAAUUGGAUUUGUAACCAAACUUCAGCGAACUUCUGGAUUUCCCGCAAAUGAACGUUAUCUGAAGGGAGGCUGAGACCACAAUGAAGAGAAAGAGAAGGGUGCAUCAGACCACGCCCACCACCGAAGAGAACUGCUGUGCUCUAUGCAGACGUAGUGAAAAUGACCCAGACCAGUUUGGCGAAAUGGUCACCCUCAAACAACACAAUCUUACCGUUCACUACUUCUGCUUGUUGACAUCCUGUGGAGUGUACCAGAAAGGAGAGGAGCAUGAGGGAAUCUUUGGCUUCCUGGUGGAGGACAUUAAAAAGGAGAUCCGUCGCUCUUCUCGUCUGACCUGUGUGGAUUGUAAACAGAAGGGUGCAUCUGUGGGCUGUUUCAUCAGAAGCUGCAAGAAGAAGGUUCAUUUUCCCUGUGGGAAGAAUCAGCAGUUCAUCUUCCAGUUCACUGACCUCUUUCAGUCUUACUGUAAGGAACACAGUCCGACCCAGUCUGUAUCAGCGUGUUCUGACCUGAGUUUGCCUCAGUCCUGUUCUGUGUGUCUGGACUCCAUAGAACCGAUUCUGUCCUACUCCAUCCUCAAAUGUCCUGCCUGCCACGCCAGCUGGUUCCACCGGGACUGUGUCCAGCAUCAGGCCCACAGUGCUGGACUGUUCUUCUUCAGGUGUACUCUGUGUAACAACAAGGACAGCUUCCAGGAGGAGAUGCUUCGAAUGGGGAUUCAUAUUCCACAGAGAGAUGCAUCAUGGGAGUUGGAGGCCAACGCAUAUGAGGAGCUGCUGGAGGUUUAUCAGCACUGUGAUGCCCCCAUCUGCGUCUGCAGCAUUGGACGCAAGCACUCUGCUAAGACUGGAUGGUUUGAGAUUCUGCGCUGCAGGCUCUGUGGCUCCAGGGGGACCCACAGGAAGUGUUCAGAGCUCAGGUUGCACACCACGAACUGGGCCUGUCUGGCGUGCACCCAGGCUGUGGACGGGACCGCCUCCCUGAUGCCCAGAGGGGAGUCUCCUCAGGUUGGAGGACAAAGAAAGAGCCUCCUGUCUAAACACCGUCGCUCAUCCACCUCCUGUCAGGCCUCCCCUAAGGCCUCCCCCCAGCCGCAGCAUAACCUCCAGGCUUCUCCUAUUCUGGAUGCUGAAACCCAGACUUCUCCCGUCGAAUCACGGGCCCAGGUCUCCCCUGUCCUCCUCCAGCCCCCGGCCCACUCCAGCCUUGUUGAGGUGAAUGGAGACCAGGCUCUCACUGCUGGCCUGGCCUUGGUGAGGAGGACCGACUUCAACCCUGCACACAGACUGUCCGUCAGUUUCAAAGGCAACCAAAGGACUUCAUUUCCCAACCUCCCGUGCUACAGCGAAGCGGCCACGCGUUUCUUCCUGAAGCUGCUGGUGCAGCAGAUCCAGAACUCGGUGGUGUUUGAAGGCCCGGAAGACUUCAAAAACCUGGCUCUGGAUGCUCAGGCUCUUCGUGAGGACCUGUACUUUGACCUGGGCUGUCUCCUGGCUCUCUCUCUGGUGCAUGGCGGUCCUCCUCUCCACUUCUUCUCCCCCGCCCUCUACCAGUGUCUGUUCAACUUCCCCCACAACUCUCCCCUCAACCUCACUCACAUGACACAGGACUCCCACUUCACACGCCAGCUACACAAGAUAGAAGAGUCCAGCUCACUGGAGGAGCUGAAGGAGGCCAUGGCAGCAAAUAGGGACUACUUAGAACUGGCUGGCUGUAGUCGACCAAUCAGCAGGCUGGAUGAGAAGGAGGCUCUGGUGGAGGACCUGGUCAGCUUUACUGUCAUCACCAGGAUGCAACUGCCACUGCAGAGGUUUCGAGAGGGCCUACAGACACUGGGUGUGUUUGAACAGGUGCAGCUGUUCCCGGCAGUGUUCUGCAAGGUGUUCUGUGGCCCAGCAGAACCGCUCACAGCUCAGACCAUCAGUGAGCUCUUCACCGUCUGCUUCUCCUCACAGGAAGACAGACGGCACCGGGAGAUGUCGGUCAUCACCUUCUGGAGACAUUUCUUAAUGGAGUGUGAUGUUGGAAGGAGUUCCAUUUUUCUGCAGGACCUCCUAUUGUUUGCCACGGGAACAGAGGAGGUGCCUGCUGUGGGCAUCCUCCCCCCACCCACCCUCUCUUUCCUCCACCCUGCCUGUCCUGAGAUGAGACAAGAGUGGGGAGAGGAGCAGAUGGAUGGAGGAGGAAGCGAGGUACUUUUUCCACAGAGUGACCCCAGCACCAACCGCCUCUUCCUACCUGUCACCUCUUCCUACCAGGCCUUCAAGUGCUCCAUGGAGCAGGUCAUCAGCAACUGCACACACCUCAGUAGACAGGUAGAGGAAAGGCUGGACCACAGCUGA